CCCACCACACCACCAAGCUGCGAUGCCAAGGCGGCAAUCAGCAAGUCAACUUCGCGUGCCAUCAUUCGAUCGAUUAUCGAUACACGCCGCCUGUAUCUACUACAUGCUGUGAUUCUCCAGAAGGGCGGAAAAAAGAGAGGAAGAGAAGAACCAAUGUCUGACGCACCAGAAGGCAUCGUCGAGUACGCGUACGACAACAUCACACAAUGGUAUCUGCAGUGGGUUGAGGGCCAGAAGUCCCCGCGGGACAGAUACGCCAAGAGGCUCCUAGACGAGAUGCCGCCGUCGCCAUCCAUCCUAGAACUCGGCUGUGGCCCCGGCGUUCCUGUCCUGCAACUGCUUCUCCACAAGGGAGCGCGCGUAGUCGCCAACGACAUCUCGACGAAGCAGAUCGAGAUGGCCAAGGCCCGCUUCCCCGCCGCUGAGCUCAUUGCCGGCGACAUGACGGCCCUCAGUUUCGAGCCCGAGAGCUUCGACGGCGCCAUCAGUCUCUACACGCUGUUCCACCUCCCGCGGGCCAAGCUCAAGGACAUGCUCGUCAAGAUCCACAGCUGGCUGAAGCCCAACGGCGUCUUUGUGUUCAACCUGGCGACCGUCGACGAGGAAGAGAUCCAUGGCGAGUUCUUCGGCUACGGAAUGUUCUGGAGCAGCUUUGACGUCGACGCGAAUCAGGCGUUGCUGAGAGAGAUCGGAUUCGACUUGCUGCAAGUAGAUAUAUUCGAGGCUGGUGAUGGGAAACUGGAAGAGGAUGAUCCGGACUUUGGCGCUGAGUUUAUGUGGGUGGUGGCACGAAAGAAGGAUUCUUCUCACGAUGAGAGGAAUGCCGAUAAGGCUUAGGCGAGUCGUUAUAAAAAAAGUCAAACGACCCUGGGUGACGGCGGCGUGAACUAGGCUUUGUAUCAAGAGUUUCUACUUCCACUUUCUGUUGUGGCCUGAGGGCAACCCCGGCUGCCUUAGAUUCCCCUUCUCAACUAGCGACUUCACCAAAAUAUGAUAACGCAUCACUUUCAAUAUCUCAUCAAUUGGUUUAUCCCAUUACAGGUUAAAAAUCCUCUAAUGAUCUGAGGUGACCUUUAAAUAUAUUCGGUUGACAAAUAGAAGGGGGGAAAAAAAAAUUAGCAACAGGGC